UCCAAUAUUAACCUCUUUGGUUAUUUUUGUGAAAAAAUAGUGACAAACGGUUUUUCUUUGUAAUUUCCCUUCCUGGCCAUUUGGAUAUACUUCCGGUGAUUUUCCCAAUACUAUAGAGAAUGGCUCGUCGAUAUGAUUCCCGGACAACAAUAUUCUCCCCCGAGGGGCGCCUCUAUCAAGUGGAGUAUGCCAUGGAGGCUAUCUCGCACGCCGGUACGUGCCUUGGGAUUCUCGCAGAGGAUGGAAUUCUCCUGGCAGCGGAGAGACGCAAUACAAACAAACUCCUGGACGGAGCAAUUUUCUCGGAGAAGAUCUACAAAUUGAAUGAUGACAUGGUGUGCUCAGUGGCGGGAAUCACUUCCGAUGCGAAUGUCCUGACGAAUGAGUUGCGUGUGAUUGCCCAACGGUAUCAGCUGAACUACGGAGCAGCGAUGCCGUGUGAGCAGCUCGUGUCCUACCUGUGUGACAUCAAGCAGGCGUACACGCAGUACGGCGGCAAGCGCCCCUUUGGCGUUUCCAUCCUCUACAUGGGCUGGGAUAAGCACUACGGGUAUCAGCUGUACCAGUCAGAUCCCAGUGGGAAUUAUAGCGGCUGGCGAGCGACGUGCAUUGGCAACAAUUCCGGAGCUGCUGUGUCGGCGCUCAAGCAGGAAUUGAAGGAGAACAACAUCUCCCUGAGUGAGGCACAAGAUCUCGCCGUGAAAGUGCUCAGCAAGAGCUUGGACAUGACAAAGCUCACGUCGGAGAAAGUUGAGAUGGCCACACUGACCAGGGAGAAUGAUAAGACCGUCAUAAAGAUCCUCUCGAAUGCCGAGGUGGAUGCCCUGAUUGCAAAUUACGAGAAGAUUGAGGCGGAACUUGAGGCAGCUAAGAAGGAAAAGCUGGCCCAGAAGUAAUUCUUUAUUUUUUUUUGUAUCUUAACCGGAAAUCUAAUAAAAAUUCUCAGAAAAUGAA